AUGGCCAAGGCAACAGAGACCACGAUUUUGUGUAGUAUCGUUUCAGCGUUGAAUACCACAGAAUCAAAGGGUGAAAUUUACAUACUCAGAUUCCACCAUGAAAGAAAACAGCUUCAACUUGGUGAUACUGGUGGCGAGCUAUGGGCCGAGGCUGAUGGACGACCCCU